GAAGCCGGAGUCGGUAAUAAUCAGCGCUUUAUUAACAUUAGCAAGUUGUAUGAAACGUUGGGCCCUAAAUUAAGCGCCGCGCUGCCGGCUUUCCAUGCAUUGACGGGUUGCGACUAUAAUCCGUCAUUUUUCAAGAAAGGAAAAAGCCGGCCGUAUAAAAUUUUACAAAACUCAGAACGUUUUAUCGAUAGUUUUAUCAAACUAAGCAACGCACCUGACGACGAGUUGCAGAAUACGUUUGAUAUUAUAGAAGAAUAUGUUUGUCGUAUGUAUGGAUUCAAAAAAAAUCAACAAAGUCAAUGAAGCACGAGUUGCAACAUUUUUGAAGACGUACAAGGUUUUACAAAACGAUGACAUAUUCCGGUUACCGAAGAAUAAUAUCGACGGAUCAGCUCUGCCUCCCUGCAAAAUUGAGCUGCACCAACAUUUGCUGCGGACAACAUACAUAGCAAAUAUUUGGGCACAUGCUCAUCUUCAGGUUCCAACGGCAUUACAUCCGACUGAUUUUGGAUGGGAAGAAGAUGAGGGAAAAUUCAAUUUUAAAUGGUUCGAGGGUGACCAGCUACCCGCUACCCUUGGUGAUAUAACUAUCGAUGAUGGCGAUGACCAAAAAAGUACUGAAGAUCCUGACGAAGAUCUUUCACGGGUCGACAUCGCUGUCAGUGAUAAUGACAGCGAUAAUGAGUACGAUGGCGAUGAAUCCGAAGAAAGCGAAAUUUAAAAUAUUAGCUAUUCACGUAUUAGCACACUAUGUAUAUUUAUUUUGAAUUUUAGUAUGCUUUUUGUAAAUAAAUAAUACAUUUUUAAGUAAUUAAUAGUAAACCUACUUUUUAUUAUCCUCCUUUAGAGCAGAAAAGUUAUACGUAUCUAUCAUCCAAUAACUGCAUGGACGGCACGCUGUGUUUAAUGAGAAAAGUAUAG